UCGGGGUCGCGCUUUGCAAUAUAUCCGGCGGAUGCUGCGAUUCUGCGCACAGAGCAUUGGGUGGCAGCUGCGGCUCAAUGUAUCACCCUUAGACAAGCACAGUGCGAGCGGGGGAAGAGGAGGAGCAGCCGCCGCCGGACACCGACCACCCAUUCCCCCCCAACAAGAAACGGAGCAGCCGGACCCAAGUCAAACUAAACAAGCCGGACUCCAACGUCCUGGGACUGACCCAUCAGGAUUAAAAAGGCGGGGGGAGACAGAGAACCAUCAGGGUGGGGGGUGAAACCGGCUGAACAGGGCGGAGAACGCCAAUAAAGGGAAUCGAUAAGAUCUGCUUGUGAGGGGUGUCAUCUUCUCUUCCAAUUAAUUGGACGCUCGCACUGUCAUUGUCUCACGCCAGCUCUUCUCUAUCACUCCGGGGCAACGGCGGACCCCCGAAAAGACAAGUAGACUUCGCUGACAGUGCGUACUAUAAGAGAAAAGCCUCAUUUCGGUGGGAUUCGGGACUUGCGAUUCACCCUACACCAGAGUGCCGGUGGAACAUUCUGCCAGGGCGGCGCUGAGACAAUCGGAUAGCGGGAGCUUAGUAGAGAGAGGAUGUUAAACGUGGAGAGCAUGGAUCGGGUGGAUCUGUGUGAGAGUCUGUUGACGUGGAUACAGACAUUUCAUGUGGAUGCACAAUGCAAAACAGUAGGAGAUCUGACUAGCGGUGUGGCCAUGGCUAUGGUACUCCAGAAAAUUGAUCCAGUAUAUUUUGAUGAAAACUGGUUAAAUAGAAUAAAAACUGAUGUUGGAGACAAUUGGCGACUAAAGAUUAGCAAUUUGAAGAAGAUUUUAAAGGGUAUCUUGGACUAUAAUCAUGAGAUUUUGGGACAUCAGAUAAAUGAUUUUACACUUCCAGAUGUUAAUUUGGUUGGAGAACAUUCAGAUCCAUCAGAACUGGGACGAAUGCUCCAGCUUAUUUUGGGAUGUGCCGUCCAAUGUGAACAAAAACAAGAAUAUAUACAAACAAUCAUGAUGAUGGAAGAGUCUGUGCAACAUAUGGUCAUGACCGCCAUCCAAGAGUUAAUGAGUAAAGAAACUCCCGUUUCCAUUGGCACUGAUGCCUAUGCUGAACUCGAUCGUCAGCUAAAAAAGGCAAAUGAAGAACUGAAUGAUGCAUUGGCAGCAAAAGAAGAAAUAGCCCAGCGAUGCCAUGAGUUGGAUAUGCAGGUUGCUGGACUUCAAGAAGAAAAAAGCAGCUUGCUUGCUGAGAACCAGAUUCUUAUGGAGCGAAUGAACCAGUCCGAUUCACUGGAAGAUCCGAACAGUCCAGCAGGUCGAAGGCAUCUACAGCUACAAACUCAACUAGAACAAUUGCAAGAGGAAACAUUCAGGCUGGAGGCAUCAAAAGAUGAUUACAGAAUUCGCUGUGAAGAGCUGGAGAAGGAGAUCACAGAGUUACGGCAACAAAAUGAAGAUUUAACGACUCUUGCAGAUGAAGCCCAGUCACUCAAAGAUGAAAUGGAUGUUCUCAGGCAUUCAUCUGACAAAGUAGCCAAGUUAGAGGGCCAGGUGGAGUCAUAUAAGAAAAAACUUGAAGAUCUGGGAGAUUUACGAAGGCAAGUGAAGCUUUUAGAAGAGAAGAACACUAUGUACAUGCAGAAUACAGUGAGCCUUGAAGAAGAACUUCGGAAAGCCAAUGCUGCCCGCAGUCAGCUCGAAACUUACAAGAGACAAGUAGUUGAAUUGCAAAACAGACUCUCUGAGGAGUCAAAGAAAGCAGACAAACUGGAAUUUGAAUAUAAAAGAUUAAAAGAAAAAAUCGACAGUUUACAGAAAGAAAAAGAUAGAUUAAGGUCAGAAAGAGACUCCCUAAAAGAAACCAUUGAGGAGCUGAGAUGUGUUCAAGCUCAGGAGGGGCAACUAACCUCAGCAGGGUUGAUGCCAUUAGGUAAUCAGGAGCCAACAGACAGUUUAGCAGCGGAGAUUGUUACACCAGAAAUUAAAGAGAAGCUCAUACGGCUACAACAUGAAAACAAGAUGUUGAAAAUUAAUCAAGAAGGAUCUGACAAUGAAAAAAUAUCCCUUUUACAAAGCCUGCUUGAUGAUUCCAAUAUGCGGAAAAAUGAGCUAGAGACCGAAAACAGACUGGUAAAUCAACGGUUGAUAGAAAUGCAAUCCCAGGUGGAGGAGCUCCAGAAAUCUUUGCAAGAGCAAGGAGCAAAAGCUGAAGAUUCACUGCUUUUGAAAAAGAAGCUUGAAGAACACUUAGAAAAGCUACAUGAAGCAAACAAUGAACUACAGAAAAAGCGUGCUAUUAUUGAAGAUUUGGAGCCUCGUUACAAUAAUAGCUCAAUAAAAAUUGAAGAAUUACAAGAUGCCUUGCGGAAAAAAGAAGAGGAUAUGAAACAAAUGGAAGAGCGUUACAAAAAAUAUCUAGAAAAAGCAAAAAGUGUUAUACGCACUUUAGAUCCAAAACAGAAUCAGGGAACUGGCCCAGAAAUACAAGCCUUAAAAAAUCAAUUGCAGGAAAGGGAUAAAAUGUUCCUGUCUUUAGAGAAAGAAUUUGAGAAAACAAAGACACAGAGAGAUCAAGAAGAGAAAUUAAUUGUGAGCGCAUGGUACAACAUGGGAAUGACCUUACAUAAAAAAGCAGCAGAAGACAGACUUGCUAGCACGGGCUCUGGGCAGUCAUUUCUGGCACGACAAAGGCAAGCAACAAGUUCUAGAAGGUCCUACCCUGGUCAUGUUCAACCCGCUACAGCGAGGUAGAAGAGACUCAUGGGAAAUCUUCAUCUUGACCUUAUAUUGCACAUGACAGCAUUUCAGGAAAUGUAACCAGUGUGCUUUUAUUUGUUCCUUAUAUUUUUACUACAAAUCCUAAUCACACAAGUCUUUUCUAUGAUGUUUAUUUUCAUUUUUUUUUUUUUUUUUUAAUGUGCCAAAAAUGUUUUAUUAACCCACAAAUAGAUGUAAGAAUUACUAUUUGAUUAAUCUGCAUUGAAGUUCUAAAAACAGAUGGGGAAAUUUACCUUGACCCUGGAUGAAAGCGCCAGAGCACUGAGGGACUAAAAAAAAGCACACUCUUAGUACUCAUUCAAAUACCAUUUCUGAUCAAGAUCUGUCUGCACUCUGCACCUUGCUGCAGAUAAAUAAUCUUGUGUGAGGUGCAGAGCACAGUAUAGGUGAGCUCAAGGCUCCCAUGCCCACCUCUCAUGAAUAGAGCGCUGCUGAAUGCAGGUGCAGAGACCUGUGGGAAUUAUAUGUGCAGGGUGCAAAAUGCAAAAAACAUGGCUUGCAAUUUGCCAAUAAAUUACACCACAUUAUGCUCUCCAUCUCUAUUUUGGCUGGGAGAUACUCUGAGUCUAACAUCCAAAGCAGCUGGAAUGCUGUGACUUGCACACCCCUGAUGCUAUGUGUGCAUAGUUGUAUCAGAUCCACCCUGCAAAGGGAAAGGAAUUGUCACUUUAAAAAAAACAUAAAUAUAAUUGUGAUUGUAUGUAAAUGUGAGUAUAUGGGCAGGUUUUUUCUUUUUCUAUAUGUUUGAUCUGUUGUGCAAAAUGAGACAUUGAUUGGCUCCAGAAAUGUCUGUUUUUUAUGGACAGAAUGUAAACAAGGACUUCAGGUAUACUUUAUAUAGAUGCAGCCAAGUUGUUUUUACAAAACUAUUACCAGCCUUCUUGACAGAAAGUCUACACAAUAACCUGUGUUACACAAGCAGUACACAUUAAUGCAGUGGUCAGACUCCAGCAGAAUGGACUUUAUCAUUGUUUCUCUAUAUCCUGCAUGAAAAAAUGUCUUGCUGAAUGUGUGUAAAGGUAUAUUAUAAUCAGUAGUUUGACCGAAAGCAGGAAAAUGUACAUAUCACCCAACGCUGGGUUAUUUUUCAGCUUUAUUUGCUGCAAGACUUUGGAGACCGUAGUAAGCAAAUGCAACUUUAAAAAAGGGAGACUAUUUUGAUUCGUAAAAAAAAAUUCCAGAUACAUUUCUUACCUGUUCCUGUAAGGUAGGGUUUCACAGUUCAACACCCAGUAUACGUCUCCUGGAUCUCAGAGUAUGCUUAUCAUUAGUUUCUCAUGGAGGUGCGUGGGCCUCAUGCUCAUAUAAUUCCCAUGAUAUCAGUGCUUGAAAAAUGUCAAGCCUCGUCUGUUACUUGACAUACAACUUCUCGUAGGCAAGGUAGAUUGAACCACUGACAUAUGACCCUAACAUCAAGGUAGCACCACGAUUCUACCUUUAUGUGUAGCAAGUUUACUCUACCUCUAGCAGACCAAAUGUUUUUUGCUAGAGGUUGCAUGGGACAGUUUCUGUUUGAGUAAUAAAUUGGAUAUAAAAAUAGUUACUGUUUCUUUUGAGCUUAUGCUCAUGCAUAAGCUUUAAUGAAACUGUAAAUAUUUAUAUAGGUUUUUGGGAAGGUGCCUUCUAUACUGAGCACCGAGAAUAUUUAGGUGGCGUGGGUUUGGCACUGAAUCUAAUUUACAAACUGAUAAUAAUUUGGGCCCCAUUGGCUGUUCUCAUGCACUUAUUGAUUCGUACAAGGUUCAAAGCAUGGGUCAUAGUGGUGGAGAUUGCAAACAUAAAUCAUCUAUAGAUGUCAUAGCAUAGCUUCAGCUAAUUGUCUUGUGUGUUGUAAGAGCAAACUUUGAUUAUUAGGCUGGAACAGGGAGCCCCCUAGCACAAUUCUAACAGAUUUAUUCUUUUCUGAAGUAGUGCUGUGAAUUGCAGUGGAUGUUAUCUGUUCUAAACUGAGCUUAGGUUGGGUUUACAGGCCUUCCCCUGAUUUACAGCUCACCAGAAGUGCUUGAAUUCAAUUGUGAAUACCCAAGGCACACACAAGCUUUUUUUUCUCCUUUACUUCUCAUUGCUGCUGCUUAUGGGUAACCUAAGAAAAGCCAACAAAAUCAAUUCUAAGGCAAUUCCCUCCCAAAAAAUGCUAAAUGUCAUUACUUCACUAUUGUGUAAGAAUUUCAUAUCCAACCCUUACUUUUAAACUUUUUUUUUUUUUAAAUUAAUGAAGAAGGAAAGCUGAAAUCACUGGGAAGUGCCAAAUGUUAGCCCUCUCUUAUGAUUUUAUUCACUUACCUUAUACCCCAGGCUGGUGCUCCUGUUAGCAGAAAACUGCACUGGCCAUGGGUUGUUUUCAGUGAGCACCACAGAGAGAUCCUCUUCUUUCACUUUCUUUCUUCACUACCCUAAUUCUGACACAUGGAAAUAAGGAAGCAGGAAGAGGAUCGCUCGUGAAAUACAGUCUCUGGUUGGUGCCUGAUACCCCGGGCCAGUGCGGAGACAUAUAUUAUAACUUGUUCAGCAGAAAGACCCGACAUAUAUUCUCCCUAUUUAUUCGUUUUCUUCCUCUAAAAAUAACUACAAAAAAUGCUGGGUUUUGUAGAUAAAAAUGUGUGAAUGAGGUAAUGGUCACUUUUCAUUUUGCUUAUUAUAAGUAUGUAUUGGUAGUGCCUUUAGGGUUGAGAUGAAUUUACAUGACCAUCUAAAAUAUCUGUAAUCUACUGUAUUGUGUUUUUGCAAUAGCAGCUGCAUACGUGCAAUAGAGCCUCCAAUGUAAGCUAAUGAAUGCUCUGAGAAUAUAGAGACGUGCAGGGAACCCUCAGAAUACUGACGUUUUUGCUGUGAUUUUGCAAUUUGCUUCAGUUUGUUGCUUCUGAAACCACAGAUACUCCACCUUGUGACAGAACUUAAUACUACAUAGCUACUGGAGGUGUAAUGACUGUAUGAAUUCAGUGUGAUGUAACAACUGCAGUACUUUUGCAUAUAAUUAUUUUCAGAAAGAUUUUUAGAAUUCCCCUAAUUUUGGGAGAGACAGGUGAUCUUCCAUCAGAACAUAAUCUGGAGAAAAGAAUACUGAGUGCACAGGCCAUACUACAAGUACUUGUUAGAUGACAUAUAGGGCUAGGAAAAAAUUUUCACUGACACUAAAUAAUCUCUGGGAAGCAGUUAAUUCAUUAAAGGACCAGUAACACUAAAAAAGGGUAUUUUAUGCAUUUAAAAAAAGUAUUGUUACCCCACAAAUUGUGUGUUUGCUUCAGAAGGACUAUGACAGUUUAUAUAAUAUAUGUAUAUAGCUGCUCUGUAGCCAUGGGGGUAGGCAUUCAAUCUGAAAUUUGGCUUUAUAUUUAAAAUAUUGUGAAGAAUGUUCAUUUAGAUGCAGAAUGAAUAGAUACAGAAUUUGCAUGUAAAAAAACAUAUAUAUUAAUUUGCUGUUGUUACUGUUCCUUUAAUCUGUAUUGCCAGGAAUAGACAAGUUUUCUGAUACUCUGCAACAUAACUGCCACAUUAUAACAAAAGAGACUGUCUACAUCCGAAAACUUCUUCAGUUGCCUCUGUGUGCAAAGCACAUCCCAUACAUUAAAAUGGGGACUAAUAUGAGACAAAUUCUUGGUUUUCACAAGAAAAAGCAGAACCCUUCUGUGUCAUUAACACAAAUGUCAGAACCCAAAUAGCUGUAAGUUAAAAGUUAUAUCUGACAGUAGACCAAGGUCCACCUUAAAUCUGCCCAUCCUUAGGUAAGCCUAAUUUCUUGUGGCCUCUUCUAAAAGAAACUGUCGUGCCAAGAUAAGAAUGUAUGAGUUAUACAUGGGUAUUCUACUCCUGUAUUUAAAUUACACAAAGGCAUAGACAUUUUAUUAAAUGUCCACUAAUACUCUCCCAGUUUUCGUUUCUCAUAUUUGAGAGUCAUCGAUAGAUGGUUCCAUGGCUCCUCAAGGAUUUUCAAAUUUACUUUUAGCCAUGGAAAACGCUUUGACAAAAUCAAGUAUAUAUGUGUGAGUUAAAGGUGAAAUUACAGGUAUGGGAUCCGUUAUAUGGAAACCCAUUAAGAAAACUUAAGGAAUGACCAUCGCCAUAGACUCCAUUUUAACCAGAUAAUUCAAAUUGCGGGUUUAUUUAAUGUUUAAACAAUUUUUUAGUAGAGCCCAUCAACUGAUAAUCAAAUGUAGAUUUUUUUUUUCCAGGAAUCUGUAAAAAAUUUGUGGUUUUCCGUUUUUUUUGUUGUUUUUUUCUUUUUUAAAGCUCUGAAAAUGAGAUUCACUAAAUGUAAAAACCAAGAAAACCUCUUAAUACAAAACUUUGCUAAGUAAAAGUCACAGUCAUAUAGAAGUCAAUGGGAGCUGCACUGAUCUCAUUUUUGGCUUCUUUUUCACUUUUUUUAUUCUGAUCUUUUUAUAAAUGUAGUUUUAAUCAUAAUUUUGAAAACCUCUAAAACCGCUCAAAUCUGACCUUUGAUAAAUAGGCCUUCAAAUGUAUAGAGGUCCAAAUUAUGGAAAGAUCCCUCAUGUGGAAAACCCCAGGUCCAAACAUUCUGGAUAAAAGCUAUAUUUCAAGAUGAUAGCUCUGUAACAAUAAUGUGUUCCACUUUUAAAUGAAUGGUAACAACAGAAGAUAUGAUUGUUCCUCUGCUAUAGACUAAUAGAGCUAAUACAGGAAUCCGCAUGUGUACAUGUCCCUUUCUAACCUUGCUUCACUUGUAGUUUCUUUUUAACGUCAGCAACACCCAGCAUCAGCACUUUUCUUUGAAUCCGAAUUCCUGGCUUACCGGGAUGUUAGUGCACAAAGAGGCACCUAGUCGCUCAUUGGGCACUAACAAGCCAAGCAUUUCACUUGUCACCAUUCUCCAUGGAAGAGCUGUGGCUUGGGUUACCAGACCACUUGUAAAUCAAGGACGUGUAGGUGGCCAUAGACAUACAGAUCGCCAAACGAGCGGAUCUGUUCCCGAUACGCCCACAUUGAAGUGGGCAAUAUCGGGUUGAACCGAUUGUGGGUCCUAGGGCCCAACGAUCGGAUCAUAAUGGAUCCUAUAAGGGUGGUCAGAUCGCGGGACUGCAUAGAUGCGGACGUGAUCCAACGGGAUUUUUUAACCUGCCCGAUCGAGAGCUGGCCGACUUCCCCGAUUGGAAGCCCGUCGGAUGGCCCCACACACGGGCCAGUAAGCUGCUGACUCGAUCUGUCGGCAACUUUUAUCGGCCCAUGUAUGGGGGCCGUAACUAGAAGGACUGCGCUGAUUACAGUUCAGCACUGCACCAUGCAUUUAUUAGACGCAUCCCUGAAUUUUUAAGUAACCCUAGCUGUGGUAAUAAUAAAACUGCAACUGCUGGCAGUCAUCUUCAUUUAUAGUGCAUUAUAGUCAUUCAUGUUUUGUUUUCCAUUGUGUAUCAGUAUUACAAGCAGCAUGUAUAUUCAUUACACAGACCUGUCCGCAAUUGGAUUCUGAGCCUCAUUUAUUUUAUUUAUACGCAUGCUUCUGUUCUCAUGCCAUUAACACGUUUCCUUUUACUUUUCAUUUACAGCGAUGUGGUUGCAUGAUAGCAGUCGGGGCAGCUCGUUGCAUGACUUAGCUUAUUCCUUUGUUUCGGAAUGGCAUAACCUGCAGACUAACCAGCUUUUGUGGCGCACGUCUAACAUUCAUUUUGCCCAUGAAAAUAAAAGCUUCCCAGUUGCGGCAAAUUAUGGCUUAGUUUUAUAAACUAACCUCAUUGUGUAAAUAUCACCACGAAAAAUAAAGUUCUAUUUCAAUGUUGUACUAUAAAUCUUUUUUUUUUUUUCUUCACAUAGUGCCCCUAUUUACAGAUUUGCAAUAUUUUGAUCAAGAAUAAAAUAUGAACAUUUGAAUAUCCCGGAUACAUUGAUGUUCAUUGUGUGCAAUAGAUGUUUAUGGAGUAAAUAUCAUCCAUGUUUUGUGUUCAAAGAUGUCCACACACAACAGAAUGUACAUGAAGCCACUUCUGUAGCUGUACCUUAUGGGAUAUGAUUUCAUUACCAGCAACUAUUGUACAGCCGAAAUGCUUCCACUCUCCAUUUUGUGCGUAUAGCAUCACAGAGCUAUUUGUUUACAUGUUCUCUUUUUAUUUUAUUUUUUGCUCUACAUAUGUAAUAAGAUUUUAUCCUAAAUUAUAUAUUGCUGCCUAAUGUUUGUUAAUAAUAAUUUUCUAAUUACAAUUGUAAUUAAUUU